UCUCUCGCUUUCUCGGCGAGAGCACUGUGCCUCCCUUCCCAGAUGGCAGCCGGCAGCGCCAUGCAGCCUCUCGUUCCUCCUCCUCCUCUCCCUCCUCUCCGACUCUAAGUUAAUGCCAUGCUGCCGCUGCUCUUCCCGGCACUGCUGGCCGCCUGCCUGCCGCCCUGCCAGGGCUGGAGCCCCUCGGCGGCUGCCAGCGGUCAGGAGGAGCAGGAGCAGGAGCUCUUCUUGCCCCCUGCCAACUCCUCCUCCCGCUCCUUGGCCAGCCUCGAGAUGGACCUCGACGGCGCAGCGAGCAAGGAGGAAGGGAGCACCGACAGCCCGGGCACGCCAGCUGCCCCUAGCCGAGAGCCUUUCUCUUCCACUCCCACCUCCCCCGGGCAGCAGCAGCAGCGGGAGCAGCAGGAACAGCAGCAGCGGCCCCAGCCGCAGGGGCAGCCGCAGCCCGCCGAGGACCCGCACUGCAACAUCAGCGUGCAGCGGCAGAUGCUGAGCUCGCUGCUGGUGCGCUGGAGCCGCCCGCUGGGCAUCCAGUGCGACCUCUUGCUCUUCUCCACCAACAGCCACGGGCGGGCCUUCUUCUCCGCCGCCUUUCACCGCGUGGGGCCGCCGCUGCUCAUCGAGCACCUGGGGCUGGCGGCCGGCGGCGCUCAGCAGGACUUGCGCCUCUGCGUGGGCUGUAGCUGGGUGCGGGGCAGGCGGGUCGGCCGCCUGAGGGGCACCGCGCCCCAGCCCGCUGCCGCCGCUGCCUCCUCCUCCUCCUCGCUGUCCUACCCGCCGGCGGCGGAGCCUGGCCAGUACUGGCUGCAAGGGGAGCCGCUGAAUUUCUGCUGCCUGGAUUUCAGCCUGGAGGAGCUAAAGGGCGAGCCGGGCUGGCGGAUGAACCGCAAGCCCAUCGAGUCCACCUUGGUGGCGUGUUUUAUGACUCUGGUCAUCAUCGUGUGGAGCGUGGCCGCCCUCAUCUGGCCCGUGCCCAUCAUCGCCGGAUUCCUGCCCAACGGGAUGGAGCAGCGCCGCGGCACCACCGCCGGCACCACCACCGCCACCGCCGCCAAAUAGCCUAUCCCGGUGACCCCCCUUCUCUUCGUCGUGUGCUGUGGAGGGACGCGGGACGGACUCUGUCGUGUUUUUGUUGUUUAAAGCGUGCCACAGGUGCGCAGCGGGUCGCGGGGCCGCCUUAGCGCCCGGCCGGCCCUGCCCGGCUCCGAGGGGAGCGGCCCCGAGGGGACCUGUGUGCGCGUUUUAUAUCUUUAAUACCCGUUUUAAACGAACCUUUUGGUAAAAAAAAAAAAAAAAAAAAAAAAAAGAAAAGAAAAGAAAAAAAAAGGAAAGGAAAAGUCCACCCAAAAAAAUCAAAGGAGGAACUCAGAGAACCUCCUAUUUGGCCAUAUUUAUUGUCAUCGCAGUAGCGUUUUCAUAUAGGAUACAGUUUGAGUGGGUUUUUCCUUUGUGGACAGAAAGGGACAUCUCUCUUGGCAGGACAGAGAACUGAAGCGAUAUAUAUAUUGUUAUUGCUGAAGCUGAACUUUAAUGAAUCUUUUACACUGUAUUUACCGGUUGAGAUAGUGUGUAUUUAUUAUUGUAGCUCUGCGUUAUUUGGCUUUUAAUACAGAGAUUUUCUUUCUGGAGCCACUGUAGCCUUUUGUUGGUCUGUUUCCGCCAGGGUGGAAUGGAGGUUUUGGCUGGCCUUCCUGUCUGCAAACCUGCCACAAAGCUCCCCAUGAGAUGGUGUUAUCAGGGUUGUUGGUGGGAAAAGGGGAACCCCAAACCCUUUCUGCAUGGUGUUUCCCCUGUCCGUACAGUAGAUGUGGGUCUGUAUGCCUACACCAGGGUUGGGUGGAGUGGGGUGGGGAGUUGUGCCAGAGAUUCUCCAAGGCAUUUUGAUCUGCACCGCUCCACAGACUACAGCUUUCUCCUCAGUUUGAGGUUAAGUGGCUUCAGUCCUGGGAAGAUGAGGCCCACUCUUUAAGGUGCGCUAAAAGCAGUGUGGGGGCACGUCUCUGACUUGCACAAAGUUCUUUCCUCAAAAGCAGCUUGGAUGCAGCGUAUUUGUUGGAGACAUGGUAAUACUGUACCUCUUUUUCAUUUGCCAGCCUGCAGGGUUGCUCACAGAAAGUCUUUGGGGUGAAAAGGCAGAAGGUGCCAGUCCAGGACUAGAUUCUAGCUGCUGCUGUGCAAGCAUGCAAAGAAGAAAUAUUUCUUCUCUCUUGUUUGAGCAGACAGUUGUGUAGCCUAAAAUAUCAUUUGUUGUAUACUUCCAACUGUUUAGCCUUAUAAGAAGUUGUUUCAUGAUAAGUCCAGCUGAAGUUUCUAAAACCAAAAUAUGAGCUAAGUGACAAAUAUUUGCAACAGGAAUUCUCAUUCCUUUGCCAGCAUCAAUGAAUUUAAUUUGUUAGGAACACAACGAAUUCACUUGGGCCUAAUUCAGUGUAUUUGUAAUGUUUUCUUCCCAAGGGUUUGGUGGAAAUGACUGGAUGAAAAGUCUGGAAGGAUUAAAUUCUUAGGAUUCCUAUACUUUUUAAUUGAGAACAAAAUAAAUUAAAUGCAUGCUCUAUGUUUAUGCUAUCUGGAAAAAACUACAGAGAGAACAAAAUUGACAAGCAGCAGAAAUUAAUCAAGAUUUCAAAAUGCUCUAUGUCCCAGGGCUGCCUCUAUACCCACUGUUUCUCCUAUUGAUCUUGAUGGGGUCGUUGUUUGAGUAAAUAUUGCAGUCACUGUGAGAAGUGUUCACUUGACAUCUUGAUUCAACGGGCACCUUCCCCUAUAAGCUUAGUUUACAGAACCCCUCUUUUUUUUCCUUGAUGUGAAAAACAGUGUAAUUUCCACCUUGUGCAAACUCUUGCACACAGACAUUUCACAUGCUAGAGAGCAAUUUUUUGCCUAUCAUGCCCUGUGUGACAGAGAAGCCUCUUCAUACUGAAAAGCAAGGCUAGCAAGAAAACAUGAUGAUAAUGCUAACAGCCUCCUGAAAGAGAAAUGUUUUACAUAUGGAAUAGACCUUAGAAGAGUUGCCAUGCUAGGAAAUAAUUUCUUCUUUUGAAUGAGAUGCUUUUAGGCAGAGAGUUAAAAAUUUUAAUUAGAAGUUUUUCUGGCUUUGUAGUUCGAAAUAUAUAGUCCUCACUGUCAUGCAGGCAGCCUGUGCUCAAACUCAAGGUUGGAAUCUCUCUUUUUUUUUUGCUUAUCCUUGUUUCACCAGUGACCUGCUAUUGGUUGUUGGAUUUUUUUCCUUUUUUUUUUUCCCUGAAUUGCAUCAACAUAAUGUCAGAAAUAGGCAGCUUCAGCUAUUAAAGGUUUAUUAUUUGCAGUUCUUGCAGACACCUACAAGGUGAUACACCGCAACUGGUACAAAAUGGCUUUUGUUUUUCUAACUUCUAUCAAUAUCAGCUUGAAUAUAAACUUCAUGAAUAGGUAGCGACACACUCUGAAUAUUUUACUGCUUCACUUAUAAAAUGUGAUAGAAAAGAGGGAUUUACUCGUAGUUAUUCUAUAAAUACACUUGUAAGUGGAGCUACUAUUAAAAAUUUGAUAAAACAUGAAAUGUUUGAAACACAGGGAUGGCAUUAAAAAAAAGCAAACUCCAAAGGCAAAUCUUGUUCAGAAUAUAAAAAACUGGAACAUUUUCAGGGAUUACUGAUCUCAGACACAAUGUGCAAAGAGCACUUGUGUGUUAGGGAAUGUGUUUCCGUAGAUCACAGUAACCAUGGGGGUAAGCAUGUUCCUAUCACAGAGAGAGGCCAGUCUGUGUUUCUGUGCCUUAAAGAGGAGUUUAAGGCACAGCAGAGGGCACAGAGAUUACCUGAUGUGGAGGCUUUAGCCUGGAUCUAACUCCCUGAACCCUUGGGUUUCAAUGAGAUGGCAGCAGGGCUUCUCCUGUAAAGAAUAGAGUGGAAAUGCACAAUGCAGAUCGUGAGCUUUCUUCAGUCUCUGUUACAUCUAACAUCAAUAACUCUGCUCCUAUAGCUGUGGCGGCUUCUAUGACUCUAAGUAACCUAUAAUUUUGAGUAACUUUUGCCCACAUCCAUUGGAAUUUCAUCUGAAUCCAAUCCAGAAGAGGCAAGCCCAGGGCAAUGUGAAACAAUACAUCUGCACACCAGCUAGUUUUAGGGUCCAACUUUAGACACUGAAAUGUCUAUUUGUUUUCUUUUUCACUGGCAGUGGAGCUUUAUUGUCUCUUUGCUGGAGUUGAUUCUAAGACAUUUUUAUUCAUCUGGAUUUAUUUUUAAGACCUGCUGGUAGCAGGGCCAGCACGAGAGCAGAUGAGUCACCAUAUAUAAUCCUUUAUGUACUCAGGGAGGGCAUAUAUAUGUAUAUAUCUAUCUGUACAUGAGGACUCACUGUGUAGAGUAGAGAGUCAAAAUAAAAAGGACAAAAAGGAUGGUGAGAAACAAAUAAUACUGAGCAAAUAAUACUGGUUUUCUUUCCCUAUUUGUUGGAUCUUGUUUCCUGGUAAGUUAUCCUGACUUUAUUUAUGUACAAGUGUUUGUGGAAAGCAAGGGAUACCUAGAAACAGAGGUAGUUUCUUGGUUUUCUUUUUAUGUAAUUCAACUAUAUUACAGAUUAUUUUUUUCAUUCCAGGAACCAGGAACUCUCUCCAGACACAGAUUCAGUGUUAGAAGGUAUUAGGCUUGUCUGCUAGUGUUAGAAUUUUUUCUGUAUAUUCAGAACUCAGAAUUUAAUCUCUCUCCCUCACCUAUUUUCUUAGUUAAGUUUCAUAGGUGUGUUAGAAGCAGAAGUAUACAGAGUCAUAUGUAGUUUUAGCAUGGACACAGUUUUGCUGUUACUUGGUGCCACACCGAGUCCAAUAAUAAAAAUAUAAAAAUGUAGUACAGUAUAAUAAUAGUUAUAUAUUAUGUAAGCACACUGUUGUUCAAUAGGUUACCAGUAAUUGAUCAUUUUUUGUAUGUCAGGAGGUAUGUGGAUAAAUGGGACAAAAUUACCGUACUUGGUUAAAUGUAAUAGUUCUUACUUAUUCAGGGCUUAGUUCACCAGUGCUUUCGAUGAUUAACGCGACUGCAACAGCAGAACUAUUUGUGCAGUGAAUAUUACUCAAUAUGAGUAAGGGCUGCUGAACCAGACCCUAAAAAAAACUAAUUAAAAGCUGUAGUUGACUGAAUAAGUAUUAUUCAUUGUGACAUCCGCUUGCUGAAUAAAAGUAUCUCCAGGGCUGACAUUACGUGAUCCCAGAGGCUGAACAAAAGCCAAGUGAAAUCAAACAGUUAAUUGAAGUUUUGUAUGACUGGAGAUCAAAGAAUUUAUUUCAAGGAUAUAUAUCUAGAUGUAUGAGUAGGUAUGACGUUCAUGUUCCUCUCUGGCUUUUAUAAACAUGGUUAAUAAAUCCAAAACCAGGAUUUCUCAGUUCAGUGUAGGGCCUUGCCUGUUUGGAAAUUAGCUUCUUUCUGAAGCUAGUGUGAAAAUGUCAGUUAUUUUUCAAGGAAUUUUACUGAAUAAAUGUAAUUUUUUUUCCAAUAUAUUUCAGGGAGUUGCCUUGACUUUGUAAAAAACAUUUGUAAUGAUUCCAUGAAAAUGUGUAAAUCUCAAGUCCCAUAUGUAUUCAGAUUUCAAAGCAUAAAAAAUCUUUUUAAUCAGUAACUGAGUUUUAAAAGCAUAUUUUUAAACAAAAAAAUCAGUUUCCAUUUUUCUCCUCAGAAGUAGAACGUUUCAAUGAAGAUCAGAAGUGCACUUGAGUGUUUCACGUUGUGAUUUUGUGUGGAAAAAAAAUUCCCUUGUGUGAUUUGAAAUUGAUAACAGCUUGUGACAUAUAAGGUACUAUAUUUCUUGUCCCAUCUUCACAAUAUUUCUGGUAAAAUAAGUUGUCCAAAACAAUUGUAAAUUAUAAUAAUAUUAUUAAUAAUAAAGCAGCUCAGCCCA